GAGCAUGCCGUCUCUUUGGAAUUAAAUAUAUUGUUAUGGAGUUCCAAUUUCUUGAUACGAGUUUAUGCAGAUAAGGGGGUGAGCAUUUCCAACAGGAAAUAACAUUUUAUAACUGACUCAUAUUGCGUGUGAAUUGCUGAAAAUCAUUGCAAAAUGAGCAGUAUAUCAGCAAUCAGUUCUCCAAUUCAAAUGUCUCAAUCGAGAGCUGAUGUUCCCAAGUUUGCAAUUAUACUGAACGGAAUGAAAGCAGAAAACAGCAUUGGCCCGCAAGUUCCUUCCGUUCUGACGCAAGAUCUGGUGCAAACAAAGGAUGAUGGAAAAUACAAAGAUGUUGGACAGCUUGCCAAAAUACUUCAAGAAAAGAUUAAACUUCACGCAGGAGUUGAGGCGUCAUUGUUUACUGGAAAGGAAAUCAUUGAGGAGAACCCGGCCGCAUUGAUUCCGCUCAUGUUUCGUGUCGCAGUUGAAGAGUUUUCAAAAACUUGUAAAAACGAAUUUAAAAUCAUUGAAUGUCGGCAUGAGACCAAGCUGAGUUCAAACUGGAAACCUUCCCUCUCGGACAUAUUGAUUGCUCGAAAGCAUCAAGUCAUUGUUGUGGAUCUGAAAGAGUCGUUUCUUCCAUAUACGAAUUUUGCUUAUGCAAUACUUCGUCAACUAGAUCGUGAAUGGAGGAUCAAGAUGCCUCGAUGUUUGUUUCAUCCCAAUGAUGUGUGCACUGUAGAGAAGCCCAACAAAAAUUUGAUUAUGGUGUCCCCGUCAAUGCCUGAUGGUGACUUCAAACUGUCCGGAAUUGCAAGUCCGUUCCAGUACAAAUUACUCACCAUGUUCAAAUUGGGCUGCAUGGACGCCUUAAAGAACCAGUUACAAAUGAGAGACCUCCGCAUUGGAAAAUUUGAAGACAUUGUCGCAGACAUUGCCCGAAUUCGAACCAUUUACAGACGGGCCCAACGCUGGUUACUCCUGGGACAAGAAAUUCAGAUCGGUUCUGAUUCCUGCAUGGAAUUGCUCAAACAGAUGGAAUCAGUCCUGAGUGCGAAUCUGACCACGGCAGCCAAUAUCGAAGACAUUGGACAGCGGCUUUUCUCCUCAAACACGGAUGAAUCCGCGAAGCAGCAAGGAAACCGGAUGGAUUUCAACCGUGAAGAAAGGUUUCCUUCGCAAGGUGCAACCACAGCCCAGCAACGCGAUGCCAAGGGCGCUGACUUGUUUCCGGCGUCUAACACAAAAUCAUACUUUGACCUAUCUCCAUCCGGAGACCAACCACCAGCUCAUAAUUUGUCUGCACAAUUCUCGUUGGCGGACGAAAAGCUUCGAACGCAAUUUGAAAGAAUUGAAAUGAUGCUAUCGUCUGGAAAUCGUGAAUAAAAUAUUCAGCUGCAUGAACCUAAAUAAAUAAAAUAACCUGACAUGGAUAUACAUAUGUACACGCGUAUUUAUUAUAACAAUACAUAUAUAUAGAAAUAUGCAUGACCAACUCGUGUACAAUUAAACACUAAACGCAAAUAAUAUAAAUGUCUAAACACCUUUUGUACAUGUAUAUUUGUAUGCAUUGCUGGACAAAGGAACAACUGAAAAUAGAAUAAUUAAUAACAAAACACAAAAUCAACCAAAGAAA